AUGAGUGAAGAAAUACAGCAUAAAACUCCAAAAUCACGAUCAAGAAUCUCUGAAAAAACACGUUAUGAAUCAAUUUUUUUUCGAAACCAAGGACUAUCUCAUCGCCAGAUAGCAAAUGAGUUAAAUAUCGCAUAUUCGAUUGUUGCACGUAUUUUAAAACGUUUUAGUGAAACAGGUGACAUUAAGGACCGACGCCGAUCUGGUCGGCCAGCUGUAACAACACAAAGAGAUGAACGUUUGUUAAUUCGUUUAAUGAAACAUGACAGAAAGUUAUCGUCAAACGCUCUCUGCCAUAAAUUAAACAAUACAUCUGGAAUAAAAGUGAGUUCAAGAACUGUUAGAAGAAUUCUUCAUAGAAAUAAUUAUAUGUGGCGAUCUGCAUGCAAGAAGCCAAGACUUUCAAAGAAACAACAAAAAGCAAGGGUUGCCUGGAGCAAUCAGCAUAAAAAUUAG